AUGUUGUUUUUGACCAUCAGGAAAGCAGACAAAGCUGCCACCUACGUCAUCAUGGAAACUUCCGAGUACCUACAGAAGAUUGAUGACAUACUCAACGAAACUACAAAAUUCAAAAGAAUAACCAGGGACCCAACGGAAGACCUCAAGAAAAAAGUAAACAAACUGAUAGUCAAAAACAACAUUGCCAGCAGAAGUAUCAAACUAGAAAAGCUCUCUGGUGAGUUCAGCAUGGGUUAUUGUUAUGGGAACGUCAAGACCCACAAACCAGGCAACAAACUCCGGCCUAUCAUAUCCCAAAUACCAACGCCGACCUACAACCUAGCGAAACAACUGUGCACCCUCCUGACCCCCUACGUACCCUCCACACACAACCUACAAGCAUCGUCAGAUUUUCUCGACAUCCUGAAGACCAGCAACACAAGAGGAAGAGUUGCUUCCCUUGAUGUCGAGUCGCUCUUUACAAACGUACCUGUGGACCGCACCAUCAACUACAUCAUCGAACGGCCGUCCUACGAGAUCUCCUGGAAAGAAGCUCCAUUCACCUGCCCACGCGGAAACAAGUACUGCCAGAUUGACGGAGUAGCCAUGGGCUCACCCCUCGGAGUAUUACUGGCAAACUUCUUCAUGGGCUGCGUCGAAGAAGAAGUAUUCAAGAAGCUCGACAAACCAGAUAUAUACUGCCGCUACAUAGAUGACAUAUUCAUCAAGACCGAGAAUGACGACGACGCCGAGCGGCUCAGACUUUGCCUACAGGAAGUUUCCGGCCUCAAGCUGACAAUAGAAAAGAGCGUCAACAACUCCAUCCCAUUCCUGGACAUACUCGCUGAGGACCUACAGGCCCUACCGAGCAUGCGCCGACAAACAGGCAGCCAUCAAUCAUCGAUGCGCGCGCACGAGGGACGCGGGACGAGCCAGUCAGCGUCCCGCCCAGAGGAGAGUAGCAGCGAGGCUCCAGCUUAA